AUGUUUGAAUUAAGUUCGUCCCAAUGCGCAGUGAUACAACAUCCUUAUAGUCCUGGAUCUACGUUAAAAGUAGUGGCAGGCCCCGGUUCUGGUAAGACGCAUACAUUGCUUUUGCAAAUCCGACAACUUAUAGCGAAAGGCUCAGUCCAACCCGAUGAGAUUCUUGUACUGUCUUUGACCAACAAAGCAGUAGACAAUAUCAUUGAUAAGUUACUAGAUGCUUUCCAAAACGAUCCCCAUGAUACCAAGAAUGAAGUUCAGAUUAAUGAAGUCGUUUCCAAGAUUGCAGUCUUCACCAUACAUGGCCUAGCCAGCAGAAUAGUAACGGAAAAUGAGGGUAUAGUGAAUAUUAUAGAAGAAGAUGGAUGGAGAGGGCUUCUGAAGCUCAUACCUCCCGAUUUGCACUUAGGCCAAUGCCAAUUGGGUGGUAAAAACUCUAUACUUCGACCGCGAGAACUCGAAAGAAUUGUUAGAGACUACCAAACGCGUCGAACUGCGAUUAACAAGACUUCCUUCAUGGAAUCGUUAAUGGCCAUUUUACGAGACUCGAAAGUUGUUACCAAUGAUGAUCUAAUACUGUCAGCUACGAAUUAUUUGCAUGUCAAAAGCGAGCAAGAUCCAGUUUCCAAUGAAGGAAUCACAAAUGAUGUUUUAAGCAAGUACAAAGUUGUUAUUAUCGAUGAGUUCCAGGACUUGUACCCAUCACUCACACCGUUAAUUCAAAAAGUAGCACAAAAUAAAGAGUUGAUUCUGUUUGGUGAUCCCAACCAAAGCAUAUACGGGUUCCUGGGCAACAACAAACUGGUGAUGAAAUCCUUGGAGUCCGCAAGACCCUCGUCCUCAUUUGAGACUCUUUCUUUACCGGAUAGUUAUAGGUGCACGCCCGAAAUCAAGAGUUUGGCAGAGACUAUGACAGGAACUCGAACUUUAGCAAAUCCGAAAUCGACCUCGUUUAUGCAUUCCAAGCCGCCCUGUGGUAUAGCGCCAUUCUUCGUCAAUAUCUCGGAUCCAGUAGAGGAACUCGAAUGGAUUGUGGAUCAAAUUGCACAGCUUGUAUGUUGUUCGGCCAAAUUGUCCGAUAUUGCAAUUUUGACUAGGACAAACGUUCAGGCCAAAUCGGUGAGUGAAUUCCUUCGAUCAUACGGAAUUCCAUUCGAAGUUCUCAAUUCCCAGCCGGCCUGGAUUGAGGACAAACACAUCAAGUUUUUAAUUGAUCUUUUGAGGUUUUGCACUUUGAUUUCUGACGAGACUAACGAUCAGAGUCCAUUGACCCAACAUCGCACCGAUUUCAGUUCGGUCAUAGUCUUGAGUUCUUUGCGAGGAAUUGGAUCCCAGACGGUUCAAACUCUGUUUAACCAAUCGUCUCGCAUGAAAUGCUCUAUUUGGAACCUCAUUUCCAAUACACCCGAAUCUGAAUGGCGAUUAACUCCAUCGCAGAGGAAAAAGAUUAAAUGCGUCGUCAAAACAAUGCAAUUUGCCGCUCAUUCUACGCAAUCAGCCACAAUGACACCGCUUGAAUUGGUUUCUGAACUCAUUGGAAUUGCCCAAGAGAUUGGGUACUCAUUCGAGGAUUCCAAGCAGCGCGAGCAGAAAGUGCAACUAAGAGAACGAAUAAUUCAAAUGGUUAAAGUUAUUAAACUUUGCGAAAAUAGCAAACCUGAAGGUACGAGCCUUCCGAAGUGGUUCCUUGCCACUUAUUUUGAUCAAGGCAUAAUAUGUCAUCGGCAAGACAAAGAAGCCAAGAACAAGCAGGCUGGUAUUGUGAAAAUAUCAACAAUUCAUUCUUCAAAAGGAUUAGAAUUUCCCAUCGUUUUCUUGAUGGGCGAAGCCAACAGUAAACUUCCUUUAGAAAAAAAGGUCAUUUAUGUGGGGAUGACGAGAGCUCGGAACCUUCUUUACAUCAACAAUUUGAGACAGGCCAACCAAAAGUCGGUGUCACUCAUUUCACCUCUAGAGUUUGGCGAACCAUUUUGGCGUUAUUAUAAUCACGAUCUCGACCGUCAUUGGAAGGCUGAUAAAAAUCAGGGUUUGACGAAAUACAACCUCCUUAGAAAGACUUAUGGGCUUUCGACACUUCAAAGGACAUUCAGCACACUACGCUCUUGCAUUAGGAAAUUUUAA